CAUAAAUAUAUAGGUGGUAUUGCACUAUUUGUUAAUGUUGUUUGUAGUUUAGCAACGAAAGUAGUAAUAAAACAAACGAAUAAGAUUUAAUGAAUCGGUUUGAUCAGUGUGUUAUUUGUGACAGUGACUAAAGAAUAAGUACACAAUGUCUGGACGCAGUAAAGACAGUAAAAUGAAGGGAAAGUCAAAGUCGCGCUCUAGCCGUGCCGGUCUUCAAUUUCCCGUUGGUCGUAUUCACCGCCUUCUUCGCAAAGGUAAUUAUGCCGAACGUGUUGGUGCCGGUGCUCCAGUUUAUUUAGCAGCCGUAAUAGAAUAUUUGGCAGCCGAAGUUCUCGAAUUGGCAGGCAACGCUGCCCGUGACAACAAAAAGACUCGUGUCAUCCCCAGACAUUUACAAUUGGCCAUCAAAAAUGAUGAAGAAUUGAACCAACUCUUGUCGGGAGUUACAAUCGCUCAAGGAGGUGUAUUACCCAACAUUCAAACUAUCCUCCUUCCAAAUAAGAGUGAUAAGUAGAUUUAAGACGAUAAUAAAAACAUGAAUGUUUUGAACUUAUUCACCUAAUGAAAUGUAUAUUAAUUUAAUUUAAUUAAAACCAAAAUUAAAUUAAAUAAAACAAUACAAACUA